AUGACGGAUCCGGCACUGUUCCUUGCCGACUUGACGAGCUCGUUCGUUCGUAGCGCAGCGCACCCAAUGCACCUAGUAUCCCCAUGUGCCUGUCGGCAAGGAUGUUCCCAGUACCCCGGUCAUCCCAAGGUGGUGCUCCCUCCUGGUCUGACUGGGGUGGGUUCUCUGUUUAGGUAUCUACAUAUGCUAGUGUGGGAUUUCUUGCUAGGAAUAGUUCGCAGCGGCGCAUCUCCCUCUGCUUGGUCCGCCAUGGACCCCCCAGCGAAGCAUUCUCACAUCUUCUCUGUGAAGCCCAUUUCUCUCUUCCGCCUUCCGUUCUGCACUCAUCAUCCGCAUUCGUCUUCUCAGCCUUGA